AUGUCAGUUUCCCUCACCAAGACCUCUCGUAAGAGCGCUCGGCUACAAGAGAAACAAGCUGCGAGCCAACAAGGCACUGCAAGAGGAGGACCGACGAGCUCAUUGCAGAAACCAGUAAUCAGACAAUCCAAGUGUCGUAACGAGAAGGACAAGACCCCCGUGGACACCGAAGACGAACUCGACCUAUCCGCGAAGCGUCCGAGACACAGGCGAGCGCAACGCACUGAGACAAGAACUGGACCUGAUAGGGAAAACCUCGUUGAGAGUUGGUUGGAAAAGUUGAAUUGGUCUCGCAGGUCCUCAACAGAGAACGAAGCCCGAAUCUCUGAAGCAUCAUUCAAGAUGCCCCGCAAACCUCCUGCCGUGCUUCCGUCUCCGGACAACAGUUUCGAAAGAUCGAUCUCCACAUCCAGAAAAUCUGAGAGAUCCGCUGCGAAUGUUCAUGACGCGGAUUAUCGACAGUUGUUACGCGAUCGCAAUAUUUAUAUCAAUCGUGAAGACCCACCCCCCGGGUUGAAACACCGGGCACGGAGAAUAAUAUCACGGUCUCGAACAUCUCCUGAGAUGGAUGAUGAGGCCGUUCAACAACUGAUAAGGACAAGCCGACGGGUUGAGGAGGAGGGUGAAGAAGCUAUUGUACUACAAUUAGCUCCGGACCUGAUUCCAGCUAUGAAGAUACUUCCGGAUACACGAUUGGCAUCUAAUGCCGAUCAACCGUGGAACAAUUCUGUUCCUAUCCCGCUCGAUACGUCUAUUCUGACCAAUCCACUCCCCUUACCUAAACCGAAACCAGACCUAGCCUUUGGUUACUCUGAGGCGGCGUUUACCCGAAACCAACUAGGGACAAUUGGUCUUCUCGUUGACGAUCAGUUCGGCAGAAGCUAUGCCGUCCCAGACCAGAAGGUUCGAUUUCCAUUCCUGGAGAUCGAGUUCAAAUCACAGGCUCAGAACGGAACUCACUAUAUCGCAACGAAUCAGGCUGCUGGUGCUGGAGCCGUCGCAUUAAACGGCUAUAUAGACCUCAUACAGCGUAGCUUCGGCAUGGAAGAAUUUGAUUAUGAAGAGCCACGAUAUUUCUCGGUCACUAUAGACCAGCAACUUGCUUGUGUGAACGUACACUGGCUGAGAGCGCCGGCUGAAAAAGGAGGACAACAUAGUUUUCAUGUUGAAGGACUUUCACAGCAUCUUCUACGGGACGCAAACGGUAUUCGAGCGCUUUCUCGAGCAAUCAAGAACAUUCUCGACGAUGGUGCUGAUGCACGACUACGAACACUUUGCGGGGCACUGGAUGCAUACCGCGAGACAGUCGUCCGCAACAGAAACGCAGCAAAUGCGCAGAAGGAACGGCAACCUGAAGAUGGACCGGAAUCGUAUACUGGACAACAAGGCAGAAGAUGA